AAAAAUAAAUUUCCCACAGCAUCUUCUCCAUUCAGCACACUCAACCAGGUAGGGUUCAGUACUUCAUCAUGUCGGCUUUGGUAGCAGUGAUGGUGUUAGUGGUUGUAGCGGCCGUCACGCUUCCGACAGGGGAAGAGCAGCUGACUUGCCUCGAGGUGGUCGGCGGUUACUUCACGGCUUGCCUCAACUACCUAAAUUCCGGCGGCCUUUUUCCGGCGGAAUGUUGCAGCGGCCUCCGCAGCCUGGCCGAAACAGCUCAGGCGGCAUUGGACCGCAGCACCGCCUGCAAUUGCUUGAAGAUGUUGGUUCAGGGUGCUGCUGAAGAAGUGCUACGACGUGCCGGUCUUCUCCCCAAAACUUGUCAGAUCUCCGAUUUUCCGUUUGUCAUAAGCCCUACCACCGACUGUUCCACGUAAUCUCUCUCCCUCUCUCUCUCUAUCUGGAUUUCUAAAAUCUGUAAUUUAAAUCUCAUCAGUUGCCAGACAGCAUCUUAAGGAUUAGCAUAAGAUUUAAAUCCUAUAUUUAAAAUAAUUUGUUUAGUUUAGGCUCAUAGGGGAUUUAUCAAAUCUUAUUCAUAUUUAC